GACAAAGUUGAGUGGUGUAUUUAAAUAAUUUAUAUAAAAGUUACUCUUUAACUGCACAUAGCCGUUGGCCCAUUCUCCAACCGCAUACUUUCCCAUUCCAUUUCCAUCUCCUCUCCUCUCCAGACCUUCCAUCACUCUACAACAAUGGCGGAUACAACUAUAUUCUUCUUCUUCACUCUCUUCUCUUUCAGCAGUUAUUUCACCCUAGUUCUCUCCCGAACCUUACUUCUUCAGAACUCCCAGACCACCACCACCACAGUCCUCCACGUCUCAGCCUCACUUCAAAAAACUACACAAACCUUUCCUCUCAAUCAAUCAGCUCUUCAGAAGCCGAAACCGACCUCAUCUUCUCUUUCUUUCGACCUACACUCUCGAUUCUCCAUCCACAGAGCUUCCCACAAUGUCGACUACAAGUCUCUCACCUUAACCAGGCUUCAACGAGACUCAAUUCGAGUCAAAUCACUACAAACUCGGCUAGAUCUAGCGGUUACAGGCCUCACUCAGUCCGAUCUAACACCUAUUCAGACUGAACUCGCCGCAGACAAGCUACAAACGCCGGUAAUUUCUGGAAUAAGUCAAGGAAGCGGCGAAUACUUCUCACGAAUCGGAAUCGGAAAACCGGCGAAAGAUGUAUAUAUGGUUUUAGAUACUGGAAGCGACGUUAACUGGAUGCAAUGUGCUCCAUGCGCAGAUUGUUACCAACAAUCUGACCCCAUCUUCGAGCCUACCUCUUCCUCAUCGUACUCGCCUCUUACUUGCGAUACUCGCCAGUGCAGAUCGCUCGACGUUUCAGAAUGCCGAAAUGAAACUUGUCUCUACCAGGUCUCAUACGGCGAUGGAUCUUACACAGUCGGUGAACUCGUGACGGAAACCGUCACUUUCGGGAAAUCGGAAGAGGUUAACAAGAUUGCAAUCGGUUGUGGACAUAAUAACGAAGGAUUGUUUAUCGGAGCCGCUGGAUUAAUCGGACUCGGCGGUGGUUCUCUAUCGUUUCCCUCUCAAAUCAACGCAUCUUCCUUCUCCUACUGUCUCGUCGAUCGUGAUUCCGAUUCCGUUUCAACUCUCGAAUUCAAUUCCGGAAUACCUCCUUCUGCAGUAACCGCUACGUUGCUUCGUAACACGAAACUCGACACGUUCUACUACGUUGAUUUGAUAGGGAUAACUGUCGCCGGUGUAAAUAUCUCAAUUGAAACUUCUGUUUUCAAGCUUGAGAGUAAUGGAAGUGGAGGAGUGAUUAUAGAUUCUGGAACGGCUGUGACGAGGUUGCAGACGGAGGCGUAUAAUGCAGUUCGAGAUGAGUUUGUGAAGAGGACGAAGGAGUUGGUUAGGGUAAAGGCGGUGGAAUUGUUUGAUACUUGUUACGAUUUGUCGUCUAUGAAGAUCGUGGAUGUGCCGAAGAUUGGAUUCAGAUUCUCGAACGGGAAGGUGUUAUCGUUACCGGCGAAGAAUUACUUAAUACCUGUAGAUUCGGCGGGGACGUUUUGCUUUGCAUUUGCUCCGACGUCGUCGACGGUAGCGAUAAUUGGGAACGUGCAACAGCAAGGGAUACGUGUGAGUUUUGACCUGGUUAACUCUCUGGUUGGGUUCUCGCCCAGUAUAUGUUGAAA